UGGAGGCUGUUUACACACACAGAGAAACAGAGAGAGGAGCAGGGAAAGCUCAGAGGGAACAGGAGGAGAACAAUAUAUUGCACUAUUUCGAUUUUUUUGGACGGUUUUUGUUGCUCCACUUGAGAAGAAUGCUCGGAUUCAACUUGCUGCUUUAAUCUUUUAACCCGCCUUACGUCGAAGCAAGCGGAAACUGCAGGAUUCCAGGGUUUCUGCCUUGUUUUUGUAGCUUUCUAGCUGAAUACAUUUGGGAACUUAAAGAAAAAUGAACCACGGCUGCGGAUCUAGAGCAGAAAUGCUGGCCGAGGUCUCGGCUGCGGCCAGUUUCGUGUCCAGGCUGCUUCGUUCCAGGGGCUUUUUGAGUGAAAAACAGCUCCAAGUUUUCAGAGACUAUCUACAGCAAUCUUUAUCCGAGCACUACCAGCACCAUUGGUUCCCUGACAGGCCACAGAAAGGUUCCGGCUACCGCUGCAUCAGAAUCAACCACGAGAUGGACCCUCUCAUAGGCAAGGCAGCUUGCCGAAUUGGACUGACCAGUGCCCAACUCUUUUCCCUCCUUCCCCGUGAACUGACCCUAUGGGUGGACCCAUACGAAGUGUCCUACCGCAUCGGUGAGGACGGGUCCAUUUGCGUCCUCUACGAGGCCGAGGCAGAGCCCCCAGCAUCCGCUCCCUCGCCAUCGCCAUACGACCACCAGUCGCUGAACUGCAAAAACCGCUUCAUGAUGGGAGGCCGAACAAGCCCACCCAAGAACUACCUGAUGACCGUGUCCAGCUAAAAAAGCGAGGAUGCAGAGUGGGGAGACGGGCUGGAAGCUGGGCUCACAUCGACUGGCCUUCAUCAGACUGGGGCUUUUGUUUUGUAUUUUUAUUCUUUUCUAGACAUUUCACUUCUUCUCAUUUUGAAGCCAAAUCUUAAAGUUAAGUUCCAAAAGAAAGAAAAGAAAACUAAAGCACUGCCUAUUGAGUGAGGUCCAAGUCAUUUUGUUUUGGAUAUCUCUUUAUAUAUUAUAUUAAUGGUCCACAUGAGUGGGUUCCUUGCACUGUUUAAGUCUGUAUCUGUACUUGUAUUACAAUCUGGCAACACACUGUGACUGUUUUUAAGGUGUAAAUGUAACCUCUCUCUCUCUCAACUGAAGCAUGAAUGCUGGUGCUGGCAUUGUUGCGGUGCAAUACAAUACAAGUGUACGUGCUGCUCUCACAAGAAUGUAAAUGCAAUCAGGACCUGGUGAGAGGUGCUAGCUUAGGUACUACACGCUUAAAAUGUAUUGCGCACAAUGACGACCAACUGUUGAUGUUUUGUAGGGACCUUGUAUGAAGAAUAACAAUAGCAACACCCACAGCCCUCAGUUUCUGCUGCCUUAACGAUGGUGUCGCCACCUCCUUAAAGCCGAACAUACUGCCAAACGUCUUAAAAACUCUCUUAUUGUGCAAUACGCAGGGUGUUCCAAAAAUACCGCUUUUGGUUCAAAGUCUCAUUCCCUUCCCCCGUCAUGAGUUGUUGCUGUAAUGUCCUGGAAAUGAGUUAAAAGCUGUGAGGUGAUUGGUCGGUUGGUGUCGGCUCCGUGAGGCCUGUUCUCUUCGCCAGCGAGAGAGACGCACUAGUCUCCUGUAGCAUUUCCUCACUCUCUCUCUCUCUUUAUCUCUUUUUGAGCUGCUGAGCAGCUCUUUGUUUACUGUUUUAGACAGAGACAGUGUAGUUUGUAAGCUAUUUGAAGCACAGUAUGCUUUUAAUGUACAUUUUUUUUUUAAAUGAACUUGUGCAUAUAUAGAGAACUGUACAGUUUUGUGCGAUUUUUAUUACAAUAAAAAAACUUUAUGAAUUGA